AUGGAGUCCAAGUACUUGACGAACCUCAUCAACUACAAGCCUCGCUUCUUCCAAGACCAGACUAAAUUCAGCGUAUGGCACAAGGUUCCUGUGACUCGCCGAUCGGCAGUGAUGGUGUUGUUGUUCCUUGGUAAAGAGGGGGAACUCCGGGUCAUUUUGACGAAGCGGUCGAGGAAGUUGAAGAGCUUCUCCGGCCACGUUUCUCUACCAGGCGGCAAGGCCGAAAACGGCUUGGAGAGUGAGUUCCAGUGUGCCAGAAGAGAAAUGGACGAAGAGAUCGGCCUUUCCAGACACAAUAAUAUUUUGAAGCGGGAGUUUGGGUUUGUACUGGACGAGUUGAAAACCAUGCCUGCCUACCUGGCCAGGACGUUCCUUGCUGUGGCCCCUUGUGUCGGAUACAUCAACUGGUGUGAAGACGUUCAGCAGACUGAACGUCGCAUAAGCAAUUUAGUUCUUAACCCCGGGGAGUCUGCAAGUGUUUUCAGUGUUCCUUUGAGGGACUUCUUGCAGCCAAGAACAGAGGAUGUUCAACUGAGAGAAUGCUUGAAACAAAGCCAUAUCAGGACGAAGUGGGCUGGUUUACCAUGGAACUUGAGAUCGUUUAUAUUUCCGGUGUUCAACGAAAAGGAGACUGAUUGGCUUCAAGAGGUGGAAGAUUUAUCUUCUGCAUCUGAAGACGAGACACACGAAGAUCAGGAGUUGGACCUCCGCACCAGAAACUGCUGGGGCUUGACCGCCAACAUAUUGCAUGAUGUUGCUGAAGUCAUCUACCACGGCAAGGAAUCCGUCGCUGGUGAAGAGGAUUUGAUCUGGUCGUUGCGUAACCAUGGUCAAAUCCAUACGAAAGAAAGAACCGAGUUCGAAAAAAGAUUGAUCAACAACACGAAAGGCUCGAUGUUUAGUGAAGUUAUACCUCAGGAAGAGUUUGCUCACUUGAAACAGAUCUACAAAUGA